AUGGGCUGCGCGCCCAGCAUCCACGUCUCGCAGAGCGGUGUGAUCUACUGCCGGGACUCGGACGAGUCCACCUCCCCCCACCAGACCGCCGCCCUCUCGCAGGGCACCGCCGCCACCCUGCACGGCCUCUUCGUCAAGACCGACGCGGCCGACUCCAUCCCCUCGGUGCUCGCCUACCAGAGCCGCCAGCCGCCGCCCUGCCCCGGCCCGCGCCGCCAGGAGCGCAGGGAGCCCGCGGCCGCCGGCCGGGCCGGGGCGCGCCGUUGCUGCAGCAGCGCCGAGGCGGAGACCCAGACCAGCCACACCAGUGUCAAGCAGGCUUCAACUACAGAGGUACAAAUUGGACCCAUGAGACUGACACAAGAUCCUGUUCAGGUUUUGCUGAUCUUUGCAAAAGAAGACAACCAAAGUGAUGGGUUCUGGUGGGCUUGUGAUAGAGCUGGAUACAGGUGCAAUUUUGCCAGAACACCCGAGUCAGCGCUUGAAUGUUUUCUUGAUAAGCACCAUGAAAUAAUUGUCAUAGAUCACAGGCACGCCAGAUACUUUGAUGCAGAAGCGAUUUGCAGGUCAAUCCGUGCUACAAAGCCAUCGGAACACACUGUGAUACUUGCUGUUGUUCCCCGCAUAUCUGACCAAGGAGAGACCUCUGUUCUUCCCCUUCUCCAUGCGGGCUUUGAUAGGAGAUUUAUGGAGAAUAGCAGCAUAAUUGCUUGUUACAAUGAAUUGAUUCAAAUAGAACAUGGGGAGGUGCGGUCACAGUUCAAACUACGGGCUUGUAAUUCAGUGUUUACAGCACUAGAACAUUGUCAUGAAGCUAUAGAAAUAACCAGUGAAGAUCAUGUUAUUCAGUAUGUUAACCCAGCCUUUGAACGGAUGAUGGGCUAUCACAAGGGAGAGCUUAUGGGAAAGGAGCUUACUGAGCUACCAAAAAGUGAUAAAAACCGUGCAGACCUUUUAGACACUAUCAAUAUGUGUAUCAAAAAAGGAAAGGAAUGGCAAGGGGUUUACUAUGCAAGAAGAAAAUCAGGAGACAGUAUCCAACAACAUGUGAGGAUAACACCUGUGAUUGGUCAGGGAGGAAAAAUUAGACAUUUUGUGUCCAUCAAGAAGCUGUGUUGUACCAAUGAAAACAAUAAACAGCUCUACAAGAUUCAUCGUGAUGAGAAGUAUGCAGGAGACAAUUCACAGGCAGAAUCCCAAUCCUUCAGAUGCAAGAACAGGAGGAAAGAAUCAAUUGAUGUCAAAUCAAUAACCUCUCGAAGCAGCGAUGCGCCAAGCUUACAGAAUCGUCGGUAUUCAUCGAUGGCGAGAAUCCACUCAAUGACAAUAGAAGCACCCAUCACAAAGGUUAUUAACAUUAUCAAUACUGCCCAGGAGAACAGCCCCGUCACGGUAGCAGAGGCUUUGGACAGAGUUUUGGAAAUCUUACGGACAACAGAACUUUACUCCCCUCAGCUAGGUACCAAAGAUGAAGAUCCUCACACAAGCGAUCUUGUUGGAGGUCUGAUGACUGAUGGCUUGAGAAGACUGUCAGGAAAUGAGUAUGUAUUUUCUAAGAACAUGAACCAAAGCCAUGGUCACCUUUCAGUGCCAAUUACCGUCAACGAUGUACCACCUUGUAUCGCACAGCUACUUGAUAAUGAAGAAAGCUGGGACUUUAAUAUUUUUGAACUGGAGGCUGUUACAAAUAAAAGGCCAUUAGUUUAUUUGGGUUUAAAAGUUUUUGCCCGGUUUGGGGUCUGUGAAUUUUUAAACUGUUCAGAAGCAACACUACGAGCCUGGUUCCAGGUGAUUGAAGCCAACUAUCAUUCCACCAACUCGUACCACAACUCCACACAUGCAGCAGAUGUUUUACAUGCUACUGCAUUCUUUCUCGGAAAGGAGAGAGUUAAGGGAAACCUCGACCAUUUAGAUGAGGUGGCUGCAUUAAUAGCUGCCACGAUUCAUGACGUGGAUCACCCAGGACGGACCAACUCUUUCCUGUGCAAUGCAGGAAGUGAAUUAGCUGUACUUUAUAAUGACACUGCUGUAUUGGAAAGUCACCAUACAGCACUGGCGUUCCAGCUCACAGCUAAAGACAACAAAUGCAACAUUUUCAAGAAUAUUGAUAGGAACCAUUAUCGGACAUUGCGCCAGGCUAUUAUUGACAUGGUUUUGGCAACAGAGAUGACAAAGCACUUUGAGCAUGUGAACAAGUUUGUGAACAGCAUCAACAAGCCUGUGGCAUCUGAGGAAACCAACUCAAAUAGUGAGGGCAGUGACUGUGAAUGUGCACCCAACGUAAAGAAUUUUCCAGAGAACCAGACACUGGUCAAGCGCAUGAUGAUAAAAUGUGCAGAUGUAGCAAAUCCUUGUCGCCCUUUAGAACUGUGUAUUGAAUGGGCUGGGAGGAUUUCAGAGGAAUAUUUUGCACAGACAGAUGAAGAGAAAAGACAGGGUCUACCAGUUGUAAUGCCAGUAUUUGAUCGAAAGACCUGUAGCAUCCCCAAGUCUCAGAUAUCCUUCAUCGAUUAUUUUAUAACAGACAUGUUUGAUGCCUGGGAUGCAUUUGCACAUCUACCUGUUUUGAUGCAACACUUGGCUGUUAACUACAAACACUGGAAAACAUUAGAUGAGUUAAAAUGCAAGAGUCUCAGGCUUCCAGCGGAGAACAACAACUGA